GAAGGGUUUAAGGAAAAUCAACCAGCUCUUGCGGUGCACUGCUAACAGCAGCACCAUUAACAGCCACUGAAGCUCAAGUGCUUACGAAACUGUCAGUUCCUCUGUUUUCUAGGUGGUCGCCCACCAGCACUGAGCUGCUGGCCCCACAGCACCAAGUGACUCCCCCGGGAGGGCCCUGAUGUGGAGGAGAACUCGCCUGCUGUGCCCCUUAAGUGGUCGAGAUGAGGCUGUGGGUCCUGCCACCCACCAGUCACCCUCUAAUGUCUUUGGGUCCAAGAACUUAAUCAGCUGCCUGCCAUCUCACCUGUCCAUAUACAUCUUUGGACUUUUGGAUCAAAAAUCCCUCAAAGCAUGUGCAUCUGUGAAUAGAUUCUGGGCUUAUCUGGCCGAAGAAGUCAAUAAGGAACGUGCAUGUCGAAAAAUAGUGCAGGAGAGUAUCCUAUAUUUGCAGGGGUUGUGUCCCAAAAGAGCAGUUCCAACCUAUGCCAAAAGAGUCGAUGUGACAGUUCCGGUGUUAAACGAAGAGGGGGAUGUCAUUGAAGACCAUGACUGUGAAAGUAAACCGCAGAGAGGAGAAAGACAGGAGGAGAAAGACAAUCUGCAGGAAGCCUAUCGCGAUCUGAAAACAGACACAAUCAAACUGGAAGAGAGAAAUGUCUUCUGUGGCUCCUACAGUGUUCAUGUCCUCAUGGACCGGUCAGACCAGAGCAGGAUAAUCCACUACAGUGGUGGUGACUUGGUAGCCGUUGGCUCUGCAGACCGAAAAGUGAGGUUCCUUGGCAUGCCAGGGACAAAAGAAGUGCCGCCUCUGCUCUCUGGUCGUGCUGGGAGCAAAGCUCUGCUCCUCAACGAGAAAAAAGGCUUCAUCCUCAGCACAGGCUUUGAUCUCAGCAUCAGGUGCUGGGAUAUCUACAGUGGUGCUUGUGUGAAAGUCUUCAAUGGUCACUAUGGGACAGUCACCUGCUUGGAUUUACACGAAGAGCAGUUUGUGUCGGGAGCCAGGGAUGGGAUGGUAAAAGUGUGGAAUCUGGAGAGUGGGAAAUGUCUCCAGACCCUGCAGCACGGCAGCGUUGUCUGGGUGGUUAGAACGGACAGUGCCCGCGUUGUCAGCGGGUGCGAGCGAGGGCUGGUCAGAGUCUGGGCUGCGGAUACGGGUGCUCUGAUCAAAACAUUAAAGGGGCACCAAGGCCCAGUGAAGUGCUUGUCCUUUGACCAGUGGCACCUUGUCACAGGCAGCACCGCUGGGAACGCCCUGGGAUGGAGCAUGUUGGGAAACCUGAGGAGAUGCCUCACAGCUUUCCACCACCCAAAGGAAGUCGUGUCUCUGCAGUUCCUCUAUCUCCGAGUCAUCAGCGGCUGCGCUGAUGGGAACAUCCGUGUAUUUAACUUCCUGACUGGGACCUGCCUGAAAGUGCUGAUGGCCAAUACCAGCGGGGGCCCCAUCUCUUCUGUCCACGUGUCAGAAAACAGGAUGGUGAUAAAUUCUCCAGCCGUACUGCUGGUGUUCCAGUUUGAGGACGUCAGGUGGGACUACACCUUGGAUGCCGACCGAGAGGUGGCGGGGAAGAACAACCAGCAGCAGGUGACUUGGAGCAGAACCCCGGUUCUGCGCCGGCGAAGGCAGCACCACGACCAGAUGCGCCGCCUGGCUCUGGAACCAGAAGCUCUCUGCAAUAAACUGACGAGAUCAGCAGCUUGCCAGCAGCACCCGCAUUUGCUCAAGAUGAAGAAGAGUUCUCAUGUUCAGGCAGAGCAGCAGAAUAAACUGUGUGGUCCUGACACCACACAGCCCUCCACCCUCACCUUGGGAAACAUGGCGAGAGCACGUUCUAAAGGAUUCCUGGCAAAUAUUCCUGGUAGCAGAUGCGAACAUGUACCUGCACAUCUUUACAAGGCAGAAUCCACUUGGCAAUUUGGAAAGAGCAGAGGUCAAAGUAGUCCCGUGUCCCUUGCCAAGUUCCUCUUAACAUUGAGCACGCUGCAGAAUGCCUGCAAGGCAGCCCCGGUCAGGUCCCACGUUCAUCGUCAUGUGAAAGUCAAGGAAGCCUGGGAACGUGAGCACCACCACCCUGAAAAGGUACAAAUACACAAACCCUCCCUGCAAUGCAAAAAUGAUCAGGCAGCCCAGCUCCGACAGGCGAAACUGUGCAGUGAUUCUCUGACCCCAAGGAGAAUCUUUGUACCCUUUGAAACCAAAAUGCUGCAGCUCAAGCUGAAAAACUCUUUGUACGGACCCACUGUGAAGUCGUCCAUCCCUGCUCCCUCUGUUGUGCGGCUCAAGACUUGCUCUGGUUUGCUGGAGGAAAAGAAAGCUCCUGGUAAAGUCAUUCCUCCCCCUGGAGGUGGCGUUCAGGUUAUUGAUCCCAUUACAGCCGCUGCUGAGCAGACCAAACCAACACAUGCGACCAUUGCACAAACGGAAAAUGGAGUGGUUUCCAGGAGAAAAAUCUCUUUUUGUGCGAAUUCUGCACACCCUUCCCAGCCUAACGGCGGGUUCAGGCUUCUGAUGGAAAAACAGAAGGAGCGGUAUGAGGCAGCUAUUGCAGCUCAGUAUAAGGCAGAGCAGCAGCUCACAGAAGAACGGGAGAGAGCACGCAGGAGAGCCUGGCUACGGAAAGUGAAAGGCCUGCCUGUGGACUCUUUUACUGGGGAGGGGAAGAUACCUGCUCCUGAACUGGGCUUUAAUACGUUUAUCUGAGCUAAGCCCUUAGUCCAACAACCAACCGUUAUCUGAGGAUUCUGGCAUCCAGCUGCCACGAUCCAUGUAGUUUCUAAGUAUAAAAGAUGUCUGUAUGUUUUUUUCUGAAGAGAUAUUCUUGGUAUAUUCAGCUAUUUCUCAGGGCAGUGAGUGGACUGAGUCCUGUCCUGGAUUUAUCUUGCUAGACCUGCUGGUAAUACAGACACUAAUAAAACUCAACAUAUGUCUCAAAGAUAAUAAAUCUUCUUGGAGAUUGCGUGGAUUGAUUAAAGUUUAUAAGCUGAAGAAGUGUGGACUGAG